GCUACGGAAUAGGGGUAUUAAUCAAUCGGUUAAAAUGCUGAGGUGGGUGGAUAGGCUGCAAUGUGGAGAGGAACAGGUUAGUGGGGUUCUCCAUAUACUCCGUAGAAGAUUUCGUCCUUCUACAGUUCUGCUGACCCAUUGACGACGACCACGCGGAGGCGAUGUCCCACUCCGGUGAAAUCCAUUGGAGGGGGGGCUGGAAGAGGAGGAGGUGAGUGUUCCCGGCCAUCGUCCUCCUCAUCUCCUCCUCACCGGCGGUUGUCCAUGCCGAUGCGCUCCGUCUCCCGUCAGUCCCGUGCAGAGCUCCGCCGCCGCCUGAGCUCCUCGGCCGAAUCCCCGUCGCCUCCUCGUCAUCAUCUCCCCUGUUCGUGAAGGCUUCAGCGGCAAGAGGGGUUUGAUUGGUGCUCGCCGGCGGCGGUUUUACUCGCUGCCAUACUCCGGUGUGGCGAGGGGAAGACUGCAAAGGCGAUAGGUGGUUCGUUUCGCGCUCGUGGUCACUGAGGUCCAGUCGACCGUCAGCUGAGCUUGCUUGUUCUGUUUCAUGCCCAAAUUGGUUGUACUCAUUUUGUUCGUUCAGUGGUGAGGUCGAUCUGCUUGUGGUGUUUGUUAUGCCGACGAAACGGUUGUUCUAUACUUUGUCCCAGAUUUUGUUCUUGCAGUUUUUGAGUUUCAGUUUCAUGUUGCGUUGGAGUGUUUGUUAUUCAUUUUCAUGUUUGUUUUGUCAUUUUUCAGUUCAGAUUGCCCUGGUAAUGUUUGAUGUGCUCUAAAUCUGAUCCUUGUUAUGGUGUGUAUCUGUUCCUUCUGACUUUGUCCUUUUUCUGUCUGUGUGAAUCUGAUUUAGUUGAUGUGGCUGGGGCUAGCAACAAAGUGUUGAAAUUCAGCAUGUCUGUUUUUGUAUUCUCUAUUUGAUGCACUGCCAAACCAAAUAAUAGCGAUACUUACAUUGUGUUGAAGUGCAUUUUGCACUGUUGGCUGCGGUAUUCUCCGCCGUCGAGGCCCUCUCCACCGCCACGGCGACCGCGGUGGCCUCCAGGAAGACAGCCACGGCGUCAUCGUCGUUCAUGGCGCUCGUCAAGAGGAGCAACAAGGCUGCGGCCUUGGCAGCCGUCCCCAUCGAAGAGGAGCCUGUGCCUCCGUACAUCUCGCCGCGACUAUGGCCUUGCUCCUCGAUCCGUUCGUUCUUUCGAAGAGGAGCCUGUGCCUUGCCGUCGACUGAGGAUGUGCCCUUUUUCUUCUUCCUCGUCUCUGUUGGGAGAAAUCUUCCACGUCAGAGUGCCAGCUAGACCCGACAGGGAAAUAAUGGCCGAAAUGGUUGCUUCAGCGGUGGUCGGCGAGACGGUGGGCAGAAUCUCCACCUUCCUCGUCGGCCAGCCUGACCAGAAAUCACGCAGGAGAGACGACACGGAGAGGCUGGAGAUGGCACACAUCAAGAUCGAAGCUGCGCUGCACAUUUCCAGCAGAUGGCAGAUCACAGACGUGCCCAUGCUGCGCUGGCGGAGCAAGCUGAAGCGCGCCGCCCAGGAGUGCGAUGACAAGCUACGCCGCCGCAAGCAGCGCGCCCUGGAAGACGAAGAGUUCAAGCGGUCGUCCUCCUUCCCCAGACGAGUAGCUCAAGCAGCCAAAUCACUCGUAUCUUCACCUUUCACCAGCCGCAGCAAAGGCGUUGACGAGUCAUGCUCUGCCGAAGAGAUUAAAAGGUUCGAGAGGUUCGCAGAGGGCACGAGCCAGUUCCUCAAGUUCGUCGAGCUCGGCGGAACCCCUCGGCGGCCGCACACGUUCUUCAACCCUCUCAUCGGCGAUCUCCUCGCAGGGAAGGCGCUGCACUACCAGGCACUGCAAGGAGGGAGGUUCUUCUGCUACAUAGGCAUAUGGCCCACGAGCUUCGAGGAGCGAGGGGUAGAGGCAAUGGUCGGGUUCGCAUACCAGGAUUUCAAGGAACCUGCCAAGGGCCUCAAUGUAAGGCUCGUGCUGCGGCUCUCCGAGAGCAGCGACGUAUUUGGGAUCAUAAUCAAGUGCAUGCAGUCAGCAGCUACACUACCUCACUUCACGGUCACUGCUGAAGGCGUGAGGAGAGAGCUGAUUCAGCUUCCCACGCAGGAUUUCUCCCGGAGCACUAGUUUUUCUCGCGGCGUCAAGGAGUACUGGCAAAGUGUGCACACCACGUCAACGCAUUGGCUUCGUCCAGACCCACUCUGCUGCGCCGAGCAUGAGAAUGAUCUGGUGGUCAUUUCUAGCAAAACAAGCAACACAAAUGCGCUGUCAUCGUCUUCAAGACCCGAAAGGCUGGCAUCUACGUUCCCGGAACAAGUUAUUGCGGUGUAUUUGCAAUGCCACGUCUCUGAUCUAUCUGAGCAGCAUAGGAGCCGGGAGGAUUCAGGUGCUGGACAUGGAACAAGAAGCUCUGCAAGUUCAGGUUUGGCUCCUCUGAAGCUGGGGGUUCUUUUUAUUCCCCACGACACUCCGGAGGGCAUAGAGCCUGCAGCUGAGAGCUAUGCUUUCGAGGUGAUUGAUGGAGAGGAGCAAGAAAUGGUCCACACUGAUGCAUCUCUGCAGGACGUAGAUGAGAAGUUGCUUCCCAAGGCCAUAGAUCACCUCUGCCAGAACUAUGAAUCCCAGAUGUAUCAGAUGUGCCUGAGGUCCAGGCAUGGCACAGCGCACCUCUGCGUGGAGAAGACCAAAGCAGAGGUACGAACUGCAGGUAGAAAUCGAACUGCUCGAUCACAGUCAAAGGUUCGGAACAGAAGGGUGGAUAAAAAGCGAGAGGAAAACAACAUAGCAGGGUGGUUGGACGUGUCCAGAGACCUGCUUAAAUAUUGGGUCGUGCGUGCCUCGGACAAGCUACACGGGUCAAUGAGAUCUUGGAUUGUUAACUCCCCUCUGCAGAACUAAUCGCUCGCUCGGUAGCCUGCAAUGGUUUGUGCAAUCUUGAAUGAUAAUGUUUCUAGUGUUAUUUGUACAGAACUUCCCCCUGCUUAAACGAAAUGACAGAGCUCCUAUCUAGUUCGUAAAAAAAAAUGUUUCUAGUGUUAUGCAGCUCUUUCUGUUUUAUGCUUGUUUUUCAAGAAUAAGACAACACUAGAAUGAUGUAUACAACCAUGAAUUUAUUAAUGAAAUUUAUUUAGGGAGGUGCUUC